AUGAAAGUCAGCACUGUCCUGCUGCUGGCCAGCCUAGCCUCCACCUCUCUCGCCAUCCUUCAUGCUGCCCAGUUUCUUCCUACUAACCAUCCCAGGAAGGACCAUGUCUCCAAUGAGGACCUUUCUAAGGAGCCUUCCAUCAUCAAAGAAGAGCUGAUUUCCAAAGAGAAUGUGGAGAUAAAAUCAACCAGACCCAAGAGUCAAAAGUCCAUGCAGCCUGAACCCAUCCUCCCAGAAGAGAGUCUCAGAAAUGCCCAUCUUCAGUCAGAAGAGAUCACUGAACCCACUCCCAGGGCUGGUAAGAGACGGAAAGAGGAAAGCAGCUGGGGAGGUAUUAAGAAGGAAAAAGGGAAGGGUAAAGCUACUUUGAGUGGGAAAUAG